AUGGAUAUCAUGCACUGCUCCAAGUCCGACCAUGCUGCGGGACGAACCUGGAAUGAAAAGCCGUUGAAAAAAGUUCCUACAGGCUCUUCUUCGUCAAAUACACUGACAACUCACCUAAGCCUCGACACUCAGUCCGCGGUCCCUAACGGAUCUGACUCCCCAGCCACGGCAACGCGAACACCCAAUGGUCAUACACUGGAGGAGAUCGCCCGAUACCAACAUUUUACAUUGCGCACGUUACCAGCAUGGAUCCGAUCGGUCGAAGAAAUCGAUGAUGACGCCGAGGAAGCCGCGGCAACGGACCGAUUACUACCCUCCCAGCCUCGCGAUGCGCAGGUUGCUCAGCAUAACCACACUCCUUACAAUAUCUCCAGCCACGACUUUGCACAAAUCCAUGAUCCAGGUUUCUCCGAAGAGACCGUGCCGAACCGGGAAUCACGAUGGGCGACGUUUUCGCGUAUGAUUCAGUACCCCCGCGAGUAUGUGGAUGAAUCAAAAGAGGUCACAUCGGAUUGGUUGAAUGAUAAUCAUGGGAAUUACUCGGAGCCAUGGCGCGGCAAGCUCCUGGACGGAGAUAGCCCCGAGAACCCCUUGCACAUCAACGCGCGUAGGCGGGAGAUCUGGAUCAAGCGCUUCCAAACCUCGCUGCUGAGAAGUCCAAUGGUGCCGCUGAUCCUACGACUGACGGUCUGGUGCUUCUCGUUGUCUGCAUUGGCUUUGGGUGGAUCUAUACAGCAUUUGUCGGACAAGGGCCACACUGACCAGGGCCCGUCAGCACUGAUGGCAAUCAUUGUUGACGCGGUAGCUCUGGUUUACCUUGUGUACAUCACUUUCGAUGAAUACACGUCGAAACCUCUGGGCUUGCGCUCUCCGUCAGCCAAGGCACGGCUCAUUCUUCUCGAUCUAUUUUUCAUCGUUUUUGACUCUGCCAAUCUGAGCUUGGCAUUCAACUCCCUAUCCGAGGUGACGGGCUCCUGUACGGAAGCCGAGGUCAAUCAAAUAUUCGACCCCCGGAAUGACAAUAUCUGCGUACGACAGAAGGCUCUUGCAUCAGUUUUAUUGAUUGCACUGCUUGCUUGGCUCUUGACCUUUUGCCUCAGCGUUCUCAGGCUCGUUGAAAGAGUGAAACACUGA